AUGACGGUGGACCAGCAAGGCUCCAGCUUACUCUACUGGGCCAACUUCACCAUUAGAAACCCGCCGCAGAAGCUUUCCGCAGAAAUUGAUACUGGAAGUGCUGACUUGCUUGUUCUCACGAAUCAGAUCGAGACUUGCAAGGAAAAUGAAUGCCAGGGUGGCAUCUUCAAACCAGAAAAGUCAGACAGUUUCGAGUGGGGUGAAGAGCAGGUGUCUAAUAGUUUCGGCAGUGGCCAAAGCUGGAAGGGUGAAUAUGCUAACGACACAUUUACACUUGGCUCAUCCACUCUGGACUCUUUCCAAUUUGUUGGCGUGACCGAGUACAAUGCCACGAACGGUCUUAUCUUUAGUGUCUUUGGCGUUGGUAUCGACAGCCUGGAAAAUGCUGACACAAAAUACCCCAACCUGCCUUAUGCUCUGGCCAAUGCAGGAGAGAUCAACACUCCCGCUUUCAGCUUAUGGCUCAGCAACGAGACGCAUGGAGAGUUCCUGUUUGGUGGCGUCAACAAAGCCAAGUAUACAGGCCCCCUCGUCACCUAUCCUGUUGCGGGCGACAACACAUUUGAUAUGCGGGACAGAGCCCUCGUGGUUAUGACAGGCUUCGGAACAACCUCUGAGGGCAAGACUUCAGAGCUAGACUUUAAAGCCCGACCGGCACUCCUCGACUCGGGCACUGUACAGAGCAGACUGAGUCUUAACAUGACCCUGCAUCUGAUCAAGACCAUGAAGUUCUCCAUGGAUGAGAAGUUGGGUGUCGUAGCGCCUUGUAACACAAGCUCCAAGGAAACGCUGGACUUCACGUUUGGCGACCUGACUCUGAAUAUGCCCCUAGCAAACUUCCUCGCAAAAACCCCAGUCAAGAGCGGUGUCGACGGUGUUGCGUACUGCAAAGUCGUCUAUUACGAAGAUUCCACUAGCAUCAUACUCGGGGACGAUUUCCUACGAGGUGCCUAUGUUGUUUACGACUGGGGUAACAUGGAGAUAUCUCUCGCUUCAUACAACUCUGAGGAGGCUGAAGAUGAUAUUUACGAGAUUGUACGAGAUGUGCCUGGGGCUUCUGCCGCCACUGGUGUCCCCACGAUGUAUCUGAAGUUCGAUCAGCCUGCAGAGUCAGCGGGUACUGAAGUCCCGACUGAGUUGCCGACUAUUAGUGCAACCCCUCUCAACACUGCGACUAGUUCAGGUACAGGUUCGGCGGUAGCUUCGUCGACUGCGGCUGAGGCUGGAGAUGAUGAGGAUAAUGGAGCGACGAGUAGCCUGCCAGCAAACUUGACGUACGUGAUGCUGCUUGGUUUGAUCUUCAACUUUAUAGCAUUCGCAUAG